CGGGUCAGUGCUUUCCCCUCUGGGUGAAAGUUGUCUCACUUUUGAUUGUGCUCCGAAAUGUCAUUUGCUAUCAGUGUCUCCCCAUUUCGAGAAGUGGAAGAGUGUUUAGUGGAAAGGAAGAAAGGGAUCUAAUGUCAGAGGAGGUGCUGGAAUAAAACCCGAAAAGUGGCGAUUUCUACAUGAAGUCUCCUCGCGGUUCCUGAUCGGCCAGCCCACGAUGCGCCGCUACGUGUGGAGGAUCCUCGUUCCGCCCCUCCUCCUGUUCUCACUCUUUGCUGCUCACGUGACCCCGUCUGACCCCCAGCAUGGACCCCAAGAAAGAGCAGAGGCUCUGGACAACGGUCUGUCGGCGAUACCUAACGCGGCAGAGGUGGGAGAGGAGGAGGAGGAUUUGGUGUCGGUCGAGGAAGAGGCGAGUGAUUUGGAUACCCUGAGGGAGGAACUGAACCAGGGGCACGGCGGGUCUGGGACGAGGGAGGAGGGUCCCGGCGGGAACGACCUCAGGCAUUCGGCGACGAGGCUCUCCGGGGGUGCUGAGGAGUCGCUCUCGGUGACGGAGGGGCAGAGGAGGAACGCGACGGGGGCGGCGAGGCGGUGGGGGAGUCACCCGCUGCCGCCGCUGGAGGAGUACAUCGCCAAACGGAGCGACGGCGGCGCCAGCUGGACCGCGUACUUCCACGACCAGGCCAUCGCUAUCAUUCAGCAGACCCACGAGGGAACCGUGCUCAACUGCACGCUGCAGGAGGUCAUUCAGGUGUGGGAGCAGCGCGAGGCCCUGGCGUACCUCGGCCGCGUAAUGCCCCUUGUGCCCGUGCCCUUCCAGCACAUGGUCCAUCUGGUGACGCUCUGUGGGACCUUCACGCCCUACCAACCGCAGCCGAUCGCCGCCCAACAGACUCCGGCCAACAAAUUAUGGUGGCUGGACAUGUCGGCACUGCAGGGCAUCCUCCCAGGGACGCUGUGGUGCGGGAUGGGCGACCAGGCGGCCACCUACCACCAGCUGGGUCCUCGUCGACAGCUGGAUUCCUGCUGCCGAGCGCACGACCACUGCCCCAUCAAGCUCAGGCCCAUGAUGACCCGCUAUGGGCUGACGAAUUACGGGUUCAAGACCAGGUCCCACUGCUCGUGCGACCUGGAGUUCUACCGUUGCCUGAAGGCUGCCGGGGACAGCGUGGCCACCAUGGUCGGCCAGGUGUACUUCAACUACCUCAAGAUGGAGUGCAUCGACGUCCCGGGUCCGAAAAGCUGUUACUCCCCUUCCGUGACCAUACGAACUCUCAACAGCCCUUUCCCCUCUGAGACGGCAACGUUGUCUUGUCUCCGUCGGGAUACUGAAGGAGGCUGUCGCUUCUGGCUGCCCAACCCCAAGGGCUUCACGACGAGGCUUCAGAUUGUCAAGACGACGCUGAACUUUUAG